GGCGGUUUUAUUAGUGAUUGUGCUCUCCUCUUCCGUUGAAGAACUGUUUAAUGUUACUGGAAUGCCUGGUUUAUGGCGCUUGUUUUGUUUUAGUGAACUCCAUUAUGUGUCUCUAGCUUUUAUUAGCCCACAUAGAACAGCUCCGUUUUCGAAAUGCUUUAGCGCCUGAAGAAUCCAUCCGCGGAGCGACACGAAGUGUAAAGCAACCGGAAAAGCUGCAGGGUCAAGAUGGUGGUUGUAGAACUGAAGAGUCGUGAGCAAUCGCAUGAAUUAAAAGAACGGUAAAAGUUAAAGGAAAAUAAAGGCCCUCUAGGGCCCAGGUUUCGGCGACAAAGGAUUCAUAUGCCACCGAAGAAAGAGGAAACCAUUUUUCAAAUUAGCAUCUGAACACGGGAUGGAUCCCGGGUCUGACGACUUCCUACCGCCGCCAGAGUGCCCAGUGUUCGAACCUACGUGGGCCGAAUUCCGAGACCCGCUGGGCUACAUCGCGAAAAUCAGGCCCAUUGCAGAAAAGUCGGGUAUUUGCAAGAUCCGUCCACCAACGGACUGGCAACCUCCCUUUGCAGUAGAAGUUGACAACUUCAGAUUCACACCUCGCAUUCAGAGGCUAAAUGAACUGGAGGCUCAGACCAGAGUAAAACUGAACUAUUUGGAUCAGAUUGCAAAAUUCUGGGAAAUCCAAGGUUCUUCAUUAAAAAUUCCCAAUGUGGAACGGCGGAUCUUGGAUCUCUACAGCCUUAGUAAGAUUGUGAUGGAGGAAGGUGGCUAUGAAGCCAUUUGCAAAGACCGUCGUUGGGCCCGAGUUGCCCAACGACUCAACUAUCCGCCAGGCAAAAAUAUUGGCUCCCUGCUACGAUCUCAUUAUGAGCGCAUCAUUUAUCCCUAUGAAAUGUUUCAGUCCGGAGCCAACCUUGUGCAGUGUAACACUCACCCAUUUGACAAUGAGGAAAAAGACAAGGAAUACAAACCCCACAGCAUUCCCUUUAGACAGUCUGUGCAGCCUUCCAAGUUUAGUAGCUAUAGUCGGCGGGCAAAAAGACUACAACCUGAUGCAGAGGAAUAUUACGUCCUCUUGUGCCGAAGCCUAACUGAAGGUAUGGCCCUCGAUUGGUUGCUUUUAUUAGCCCACAUAGAACAGCUCCGUUUUCGAAAUGCUUUAGCGCCUGAAGAAUCCAUCCGCGGAGCGACACGAAGUGUAAAGCAACCGGAAAAGCUGCAGGGUCAAGAUGGUGGUUGUAGAACUGAAGAGUCGUGA